AUGGUGAGUUUAAAGGGAUUUGCAGGUUUUCUUAUUUUGUGCUUGACCAUACAUCGCUGUAUUAGUGGUGGAAUAAAAGAAAAACAUGUUCAAGGAAAUCCUAUAGUGACUGUAAGGGAAGGCAAAUUAAGAGGUGCCGUGGGAACUCUAUUAGACGGAUCUAGUUACUACAGCUUCAAAGGCAUCCCUUACGCUCAGGCGCCGCUCGGCGAAGCAAGAUUCCGGGCGCCAUUACCGCCAAAACCUUGGCAAGGUAUCCGAGAUGCGAUCGAACACGGCCCCAUCUGCACUCAAUACGAUCUGUCCAUUUCUAAACUGAUCGAGGGCAGCGAGGAGUGCCUGUUCGUGAACGUCUACACCAAGACCCUGGACCGCAAUGCCAAGACCCCAGUGAUGGUGUUCAUCCACGGCGGCAGCUACAGCUACAACUCGGGCAACUCCGAGACCUUCAGCCCGGAUCUGUUGCUGAGACACGACGUCGUCCUGGUCACUAUGAACUACCGCUUGGAGCUGCUGGGAUUCCUGUGCCUGGACACGCCCGAGGUGCCCGGCAACGGCGGCAUGAAGGACCAGGUCGCCGCACUGAGGUGGGUGAGAGGGAACAUCGCCAAGUUCGGCGGCGAUCCGGACAACGUGACGAUAUUCGGCGAGAGCUCGGGCGCCGGCUCGGUUACUGCGCACAUGCUGUCGCCUAUCGCGAGGGGGCUGUUCCAUAAGGUGAUCGCGCAGAGCGGCACAACCAUACACGAUUGGGCGGUCGACAGGCGCGCGAGGGAAAGGGCCUUCAGGGCGGGGCGACUCCUCGGCGUAGACACGAACAACACCGACGACCUACUAAAGCACUUGCGCGGAUUGAAGCCGACGCUGCUCACGAACCUCGCGCAGAAAACGAUGACGUACGACGAGACGUAUAGGGGGCUGCCCGAUUACUUUAUACCGGUCGUCGAGAGGAAGUUCGACGGGGUGGAGGCGUUUAUGGACGAGGAGCCGCUGGACACCCUCCGUAGGGGCGCGGCCCGAGUGCCGCUGAUGGUCGGCUACAACUCCGCCGAGGACCUGGUCCUGAUAAACUACCUCGCGGAGAAGCUGGACGUGUACAACGCGGAGCCCUCCUACUUCGUCACCAGGGAGCUGGCGGAGAACGUGAGCGGCGACAAGUUGAGGCAGUUCGGCGGGAGACUGAGGCAGUUCUACGCGGGCGGCGGGAAUUUCACUAGGGACGACCCUGUCACCAUCGAGAGGCUCGGCAGCGACAUCCACUUCUUCUACAACACGCACAGAUUCGCUAGACUGCAUGCCGCCUCGAGGCAGCCGGUGUUCAUGUACCGUUUCAACUACGACACGGACCUCAACAUCAUAAAGAACUAUUCGGGUUACGACCACUUGAAGGGGGCGGCCCAUGCCGACGAGUUGUUCUACAUGUUCUACAACUUCCUGAACAAGAGGCCUUACGAUGAGCAGCCGCGGCUCAGGGAACUGGCGCUUAAGGUGACAACGCUGUGGACGAACUUCGCUAAAUAUGGCAACCCAACACCUGACGAUCGCUUGGGAGUCCAAUGGCUUCCAUACACCACGCGUGGGAAGGAGUACUUGAAGAUCGAGGAGCCCAUGUGCAUGGGGAAAUACGCUGAUCGAGAAAGGAUGCAAUUCUGGGACGAGUUGUACAAGGAAGCGCACCUACCAAAUAUCGGCUGCGAU